AGCAGCUUUUUUUUACAACCCAACUAUCAAUAGAAAAAUCCAUAAGUAGAAGUUUUAAUGCUGUCUCCGUCAUCGUUCUAUGGUUUUUCCAUCCUGAUCCAUUCCACGAACCUCCGGUCCAGAAGAAACAAUGAAAAUGCGUCCCGGCUUUCUCGCCGGUACCGGGAAAAACGGCUUGCUUUCCGUUGCCCCGGAUCAGCCUGCUGAUUCCUCGUCGAGUUCUCAAGGCCUUAAACCUUCGAAAAUAAAGAACGGCAUCAGUGCUGUUCCACGACCAACAAGGAGAAUCUGGGAUGAGACGUUGGUGCUUGACUUUCAGCGAGUGCUUCUGAAGCUUCUAUCCGAAAAGGGCCUACAGCUGGAGCUGCAAAAGCGCCUGCGGUACGGUACUGGAGCGAAGGAGAUGCCCACGCACAGCUCUUGCCAAGCGGAAGCGUCGAAUUACGACAAGCUGUGCGAUACGGAGAAGGUGAAUUGUAUGGAAGGGUCAGCAUGUUGGAAAUUUCAAUUUUCAAAGUUGGAAGAUGAACUACUUGCCGUGCAUAGAAUUUGAAUUGCGAGUACAUGCUGCAGAUGCAAGGUCGUGGUGCCCUCGGUGUUUCACUGGAGACGACCUUCGCCUCAGAUUGUAUGCCUGUCCAGGCUCAUCCGCAUGAAUAUAGCACGACAAUGACAAUAGCCCUUGUUGUAGCUUUCGCUCUAAACGGCACGUUGACGGAUUGGCUUCCCGCGUCUGGAAAAACAGUAACGCACCGCAGCAUAGAACUAGAAGUUGCGGACCCACUGAUUCCAGUGGGUACUACCGUUUUAUGCGUCGCAAUUCAUUUGAGCUUUGUCGAUUAAAAAUUUUCUAGCGACCUAGCGCUUCCAUAACAUGUGAUUUUUGCGCGUCGUGUUCCGCGUUCGACUUCGAUCCGGAGGAAAUUCUCGUUUGCCGAGAUGUCGUAGACGACGAGGAGGAGGAGGACGGCGAUGUCAGAAUCAGUGCCGCUGGUGGUGGAGCUCCAGCUUCCAGCGGCAGCCGUACAACCGUACUAUCAGCGAGCACAUUGUCCACGCCUUCCACAGGAAGAACAACGAACGGCAGUGAGGACGCAGACCUCCCAGGAAGGGGAACUACACCAACAUCCACCUCCAGUUCGGGUCCUUCAAAAAACCGGAUAUCGUUCCUGCCGAGCGACAGGCGCGGCAGGGUUUUCUCGAGCACCACUGCUGUGAGAAAUACGUCUAAAGCAAACCCGAUUCUGCGUUUUCGCGGUCUUGAAACGCCCGGUUUGUCCGAGACAGACGAGCCCGCGCGUUUGCUGAAGGAGAAUACCACUGGCGCCGCGCUGUUUGAGAUGCUGCCCGCGAUCGUGGAGAAAACGGCGAGCACCUUCGCGAACGUGUUGAAGAAGGCCCACGCGCCGGGACCCAAUCGCAUGCCGGCACUGGAUGCGGACACCGCGAAGCAGAUCCGGAAAGACAUCCUCAAGGAAACCGUGCUGCGCGAAAUCCUGAGCCGCGUUUUCACUGCCCAUAAUGAGCAGCAGAAAGCCUUCGCGCAGGACGCCGGCCUCCUCGCGACGCCGAACGGCUAUCAUGGGGAUUGGAACCCGGACUUAAACGCGUUGACGGCGGAAACAAUACAGGAAUUGAUGACAAAAGGGUACGCUUUCCAGGACGACUUUCUCCCGAGAUCCGAGCCGCGGAAUCGCGACACCACAAACUCCGCGUCUCUGUCGAGCGGGAGAACCAGAAGCGGGCCCGGAGCGGCUCAGUCCGCGUUCAAAAGCUCCGCUUCGGGGCAGUCGGAGUACGUGAAAAACUUGUGGAAAAUCGACUGCGAAAAAGUCUUCAAGGAGCUCGAGACGUUGGACUUUGAAGUGGGUAUGUUCCAGGCGGUCAUUCAGCAGCAGCAGGUCGGCUUGCGGAGUGACCGCAUCUGCUUUUCUUCCCUGGACAGCCUGAACCGCAUGCGCCACCCCAUGCUGCGCAAACUGUACCAGUGUCUCAUCUCGCUGCCGUUUGAGCUCAACAAAAAGUGCAACCUGCUGUUGCAAGGUAAUCAUGAUAUUCAUUGAGUGAGCAUGCUACAGCUACACUCAACGACGGUUCUGGUCGCGAAAGUAAUAUGCUGUGUGGCGUACAAAUACAAUUACCUGCCAAAAAGACGGGGAAUUAGAGAGAUGAGUUCCGCCGGAAAAUAACUACGAAGGAGUAUGUAUCCUAUCAUCUCAACAUCUUCUCAUGCUUUUUGUCAUUAACCUUUUCUCGAAUAAAAAUCCAGGAACGGGAACUUUCCAACUCGGUGUGUAUCACGCCAACGGCGCGUUCUACAAGAAGCAUCUGGACGGCGGCUAUCGGGAGCGCGACAACGGGCGAAAGAUCACGUGUAUCUUUUAUCCCAACGACAACGACGUGUCUGCGUUGCGGGUGCACGAUCCGAAAACGGGAGAAACGAAAGACAUCUUGCCGAAGGCUGGGCGACUGGUGCUUUUGCAGGCACGAGAUGUCCCACAUGAAGUUUUGCCAAAUGUGUCGAAAAAGAAACGAUUUGCCGUGUCCAUGUACUUGAACGGACCAGCGCAGAACUAGAAAACAAAGCACGGAGCAUCCAGUUAUUUACUCACUUAUGCUGUGUGGUCACAAAAUUUUAUAUGGUGCUUGCGUCUGUGGAUCUCCAGCCACGGACUCGAUCGGUGAAGAUCGAUGAGGUAUCUCCUUCAUCCGUGUUUGAUAAAGCUCGUUUUUGUGUGUUGUGCAGCGAUGUAAAAACGUGAAUGUCUGUCAUUUCGCUUGUGAUUCGGCAAAUGAAAAGUCAGCAUAGAGUCGUAGGUUCUGGCUUUCUGACGAGAGCGCCUGCGUGUAGUCUGCUCUAUUUUGCACAAUCAAGUUCUUCGAUACCGAAUGCGGGGAUGAACACAAUGUAUUCUCACGCACACGUGAUGAUUGAUGCCUUUUCUCUAAUACGUGCGACGGAAUGCUCCGAUGAUGAGCUACUCCUGUAUAAACCAGCUCGGAAUAUGUACAGUGAAAUAUCGAAG